AUGAACGUUGGGGCAGACCAGGCCCCGCAAACGAAUGGCGGCGGUGGAGCGCAACACCGACAGUCCAACGGCAGCGGCGACUCAGACCUCUCACAGAUAUUAGAAGCGCUGCAGGCCAUAUACGCAACCUCGUCAACGAAUGAUACCCGCCGGCAGGCAACCGAAUACCUCGAGCAAGCGAAACGGCACCCGGAAGCGCCUUCACAUGGUCACACGCUCGCACUCGACCGCUCGCAACCCGCGCCCCUCCGCUACUAUGGCCUCACUAUGCUGGAGCACUCGAUAAAAUACAGCUGGGAGGACUUCACAGAGGACCAAGGCACAGCGUUACGAGGCUAUGCGAUCGAGCUCGCCCAAAACGUGUCCGAAGACGAUGCGGCAUUCCUGAGGAACAAGGUCGCGCAGCUAUGGACGGAGAUUGCGAAGCGCAGUUGGGGCGCCGAGUGGCUGGAUAUGGACGAACUGCUGGUCUCGCUCUGGACAAGUUCUUUGCACCACCAGGCUGUCGUGCUAUACGUACUGGAAACGCUCUCUGAGGAAGUCUUCAAUCGCGAAGACCCGACGGCAGGCCUUCGAGGCAGUGACCUGGGUCGCGCCUGUGUCGAGAUUUUCACACCGCUUGCCGUCAUACAAGACCAGCUCCCUACACGCGAGAAGAGUCUGGAUGUGCGGUGUGGAGACGAAGGAUGGCUGAAAAGGCUAUGCGACAACUUGGGCUGGUGCUUGGGGCAGGACUACCAGAACCAGGAAGCUGUCAAGACAAGCGCUAUCAAGUCUAUGCAGGCCCUCAAGGCGGCCAUGCCGUGGAUUAUGCCCAAGGCCAUCGCUGCAACACAGGUCAUCGAGGCCGUCUGCAAGGCGCUGGCUACCCCAGCCGUAGAGAUGCAGAUUGCCGCCGUCGAGACCCUCCAAGCGAUCUACAACCGAACCCACCUGCACGACGACGAGUUUGUGGAGCUUGUAUGCCCCAUGUUCACACCUGGCAGUGUUUCACUCCUGCGAGAAGUAUACAACUGGACGCUCACGGAUAUGGAUGUGAAUGACAUAGAUGAUCAGAAAUACAUGCUCUGCAAGAGACUCUCAGAAUUGGCCAACAGCCUCGGACUAUUCAUCGAGCAAAAGCCCCAAUCGAUACCAGAUGGCAGCGACCUAACCGGCAUAUUCGGUUUCCUAUACGACAUUAUGCGCAACCCGAGUCUCGUCGUCUCCAUACCUGUUCUCCAUUGUUGGACCAAGCUGUUACGAUCUAGCAUCGUGCGAGACUCUGAUGUCGUCAACUCCAUGGUUGGCGGGCUACUUGAGACGUGCUGCGCCCGACUCAUUCGAUACGAAUCGUUACCCGAAGACACCGAAGACGUCACGUUACAAUUUCUCAACGAAGACAUUGAUACAGUACCGGAACGUCAUGCUUUUCUAGGCAACUAUCGGCGCUUCUGCGCAGACGUGAUCGAAGUCCUGGUUCGUAAGACACCAGUAGAGGCAAUGGCGCAUAUCCUUGCUCAGGCGACGAACAUGCUCCAGAACCUGUACCAUGAUCAGCCUGCUUUCCAGCGCCAAAACUUCACAAAGAACUCUCCACAAGUCCUUCAGGUCGAUGCGCAGGUCACUGUCAUCGAAGCUGCACUCAAGGGGUACAUGAAGUGGCAGCAAGGGCAAGGCGAAAACGCGCAAGAUGAUGAGCGGACGCGGAAUACCCUGGAAGACUCGCUCGAGCAGUGGGGCAGGCAAAUCCUGCAAGCGCAUUUCGAAGAUCCUGAAGUUGCGAGAAAGAUAAUAUCUUUAAUGGCAACUCUCUCAACGAAAGCCCUUGGCGACCGCCCAGGAUUCGCUCUUACCUUCUUGGAGUAUAUGCUUACAGUACGGCUAGCCGAUGACACGAACUAUCCACAGUACUCCGAUGCUGUGAAAGACCUCGAGCGCAUAUGCAGUCUUGAGAUGCAGAAACUAGCGAUGAAAUUCGCUGACGACUUUAUGAACGUCUACGAGCAACUAGAGGCCAAGGUCAAUGAGAUGAUUAACGAUCCUACGACUGACGAACGCCAACGUAUGGCAUACUCCGCUUUCCUUUUCAUCAUCAUACAUAGAUGUACAACAUUAGAGCGCGCCACGCAAGAGGAGCGCAUGAGACAGAUGCUCAACCGUGUCAAGGAUGCUUGGCGCAACGAUGAGUUCACCCAAGCCAUCUCUUCAUUCCAGUCCUUCUGUGGCGUAUUGGGAAUGGGCCAAUUACCCGAGUUUCUGUCUGCGAACAACUUCCGCGGCAUUCAGGACUGGUCUGACCAACAAUUGCCUAGUGAUGGCCAGGCGUUGCAGGCCUCAAUUCUUGACCGUUCUCAACAACUGCCACUACGACUUACAAAGACAUUACUGGCAGCAUCGACAGAAAAGCUUCGCGAUGGCACUGCUGCGUACGAGACUGCUGCGCUACUCUGGGCAGAGGCCAUACCAGUGCUGCUCCCAAACCUUCUCCAGCUCGUGAGCCAUGCACAAGCAUUCAACGAUAUCGACGCCAACUGGUCACACUUGCCAGUAGAACUACAGCAGGUUAUUCGAAGAGUACUGACUGAUCGGUUCUGGCAAGCGGGCAUAUCGACAGAGAGCCGAGACGACUUCUUUGCAAGAGUUAGUGGCUCCAAGUCGACGUUUGAGGGCUUUGCAUCGACGGUACGAGGCACUGUAAGGCAGAUUAGGGAGAGCUCGUACUACAUCCUCUACUCGUUAACGCGAUUUCGAGACUUCUUCUAUGGAAUAGAAGAUCUGCCAGGCCCGUUGAGUCAAGCCCUGUUUGGCCACGCAGGCGCUCUGACUGCGCAUCAUCUAUCUGUCUUACUAACCGUAUCCACCCAUCUCAUUGAAGGUUGCCCAGCGCGUCUACGACCACAUUUCCUGCCACCCAUGAUACAGGGGCUAUUCAGAGAGCUGGAUCGAAAAGUCUCCGGAGAAUGGAACGAGGUUGCCCGACAGGUGGCGGAUUCGGGGCAGAACGACAACUUGACGGACGAGAUGAAGACUGAGAGCAUACUACGACAGCUCACAUAUGCUGCGGUUUCGCUUGUCGCUGUCUUGCUCGAUUCGAGACAGGAAUUUGCCCGUCACGAUGAACACAGUCGAAAAGAAGCCAACGCACCGCCCAUGUGCGACUUCAUUCUCUCAACGCCUGCCGUCCUUGAGCCUAUCCUCCUCUUCUGCAACUCAACAAUACGUUAUCGCGAUACUAGAUCCGUUGUCACCAUGGUUCGCGUAUUGCGCACCCUGCUCCCACGGUUCAAGGAGAAGUCGCCCAUUCGGGACUACUUCUGCAACGACAUCCUCAAAUCGGCCAUCACGUCCCUCCACGAGCCGUACUUUGUGGACUGCCAAAAGGAACUCGCCUCACUCAUCGCUGGUAUUAUCCAUCUGGACGAGGAUAUACCGCGCUCAAUUAUUUUGUCUCUACCCGGCAUGGGUGACCCGUAUCGCGUCGACCGCCGUCUGGCAAAGCUCCGUGGAGCGAACAGGUCGGACGAACGUAUGCAGCGCAGCAUCGUACUCGAUCUAAUGAGCAGUAUCAAGGGUGUCAGUAUUCACGAGCAAGGCAAAAUCCAGAGACCGACGAAGACCAAGGCCAGGACUGUCAUGAUGGAGCAGUACAUGAGUGUGGAUCAACAGCCGACUAUAGUCCGAGGUACCAGCCCCGGAUUGGCAGGCGUGGCAGACAUGUUCGGAGAGUCUGCCGAUGACCUGACCCCGCCGCUGUACUACUGCGUGCUUGCCGUUCCUACCUAUCUACCCAAAAUAGAAGCAACCCGCGAGUCAGCACCUGCCUCUUUCUCUGUUCAUUUCUCCGUCACAACCACUUCUCACUUUCUAAUCCUUGCCAUCGACGAGAUGAGCGGCAUACCUAUCGUCGACUUCGGCGCGUUCCUGCACGGUAAAGCAGAGGAUCAGGAGAAGAUCGCCAAGGAGAUCGACGAUGCAUUCCGUAGUAUGGGCUUUGUCUACCUGAAGAACCAUGGCGUGAGGAAGGAGCUGCUGGAGGAGUGCUUUGCUUGGUCAAAGAAGUUCUUCGAUCUACCGCUUGAGACCAAGAUGCUGGCUCCGCAUCCGCCGGGUGGCAGUCAUCAUCGUGGAUACUCGGCGCCUGGAGUGGAGAAGGUUAGUCAAGGGGUUUAUGAUAUCAAUGAGCUGAACAAGCUGAGGGAGACGCCUGAUUAUAAAGAGUCCUUCGAGUCUGGUAACGUGAAAGAUGAGGCUCAGCCAAAUAUCUGGCUUCCAGAAGAUAAGCUUCCGGGCUUUCGCGCAUUCAUGGAGAAGUACUUUGUCGAGUGCGCCAGUCUAAUCCACAGCAUCCUCGACGCUCUCUCCAUUGCUCUCAACGUUCCAGCACCAGGCCUCUCUCCAACCCAUUCGCAGUCGCUCUUCCAACUCCGGCUUCUUCACUACCCCUCCAUCGACGCCGAACAGCUACGCAACAAUGAGCGCAGCAGGAUCAACGCGCAUUCCGACUUUGGCACGCUCACUUUGCUAUUCCAGGACAACGUUGGAGGACUUGAAGUACAGGAACCUGCGAACCCAGGUACUUUCCGUGCUGCAGAGCCCAUCGAGGACACUGUGUUGGUCAACAUCGGAGAUCUCAUGGCGAGAUGGAGCAACGAUCGUUGGACAAGCAGUGUGCAUCGUGUUGGCCUACCUCCGGUCCUUCAAAAGGUCACUGAAGACGGCAAACGGAACGACAGGGAGAUAGUAGUACCAGAUCGCUACUCAAUCCCUGUGUUCGCGACACCAAAUAUGGAUACAGUUAUCGAUGCGUUGCCAGGUUGUUGGGAUGAAGAGAAGCCGAAGAAGUACGAGCCUGUAACCGCGUGGGGAUACGUACAGAUGCGGAUGGCUGUGUUGUAUGAGUCGUGA